AUGGCAUCUUCUAAUCCUUCUAAGCGUCCGCGCUUGUCUGAAAGUGACUCUCAUCUGGAAGAGCAUAAUCAACAUUUACAACAACUUCAUUCUCAACAGUUUCAACCAAAUAAUUUACAAAAUAAACA